AUGCGGUGUUGGAUCAACUUUGAUAGGGGCUGCAUCACUGUGGGUCUGGGAGAUCCUGGGACGAACGUCAGUCACACCUGGCGGGACCCAGAUCCCAUCGAGAGCAUCUCAUACGCGGGGCUGAGUGCCUGGGACACACACAUUGUGUACCGAGCCAUUCGGGUGCUCCCUGUGCUGAACGUGCAGCAGGGCACAGACCUCAAGUCUACACAACUCCCCUCUCUCCUGGACCUGGCAUGCAAUACACUGCGUGACUGCCUGCGCCCUUCAAGCGUUUCGGCAGUGCUGGUGGUGGUCGAUGCACUGGAACCGACACUGCCUGUGCUGCGCCAAGCUGCGCUGUCCUUUGCGGCCGAGCACCUGCAAGAAGCCCUGGCCCAGGAUCCCGAGGGUGUGGCGGGUCUGCCGGCCCCCAUGCUGUCCGAAGUCCUUCGAUCCCAGGCCAUGAGUUGCGGGGAGAUGCUGGUCUUCAAGGUAAUCACAGUCUGGGCAGCUGCACGUGGCGGGCCUGAGGCAACCCCGGACCUUGACAUCCUGCUGCCGCAUGUGCGAUUCCCUCUGAUGACGCUGGAAGAGCUCGAUUGCGUUCAGCAGCACCCGCUAUGGGAGACCUGCUCCAUGCUCAGGCAACUCGUGCGAGAGGCUCACGAGGCGAAUACUGCGAUGGGCAGCCCAGAGAAGCUCGUGUCCUCUCUGCAGGCCGCCGGGCCGCCCCGACUCCCUUCACGCCAGGAGGCGGCCCUGUCAGCACGCUUCCUUUCCAGAACCACCCCAGGCUGUGUGGAGCUGCUCUUCGUGUGUCCCGGUGACAAAAACGGGGUGACCUACUGGCUGGCAACCCAGGGCGGUCAGCAGCAGUGGGUGAACCCCAUGCUCUCCGGACGGGUCAAGGUGCAAGCCAGCAGUCCUGCAUGCCGAAGCACCAACCCGGCGUCUUGUGUGGCGCUGGGCCCUCCCCGCCUCAAUUUUGCGGCUCCCCGGAGCGAGGCAGGCAGGCUGGUUUCCUGGUGGUCGCUGGACCUCGGGCCUCGGCACCAGCUGGCCUGUUCAGCCUACACUCUGCGCCACGACAAGUCACACGACCCACUGCGCAGCUGGACCCUGCAGGCCUCCCGUGACGGUCCACAGUGUGGGUGGGAGGACCUGAGGAGGCACGAGAACGACUUGACCUUGCGUCUUCCAGGCCAGUAUGGAUCAUGGGCCGUGACUGGGCAUGCCGCGACGGUGCCGUACCGCUGCUUCCGCAUCUGCGUAAUGCAGAUGCAAAAGGGGAAUGAGAAUCCCUGGCAUGCCUCCCUGGCUCAAAUCGAGCUGUAUGGCAACCUGUACGUGGAUGGGAAGGAGGAGGAUGCCGAUGUCUGGGAGCUGGCUGGUGUGGCCGCCAAUGGGCUCGGGUAG